AUGGUGUCCGCCCGGGCCCCUAAACCUCAGUUCAGCACGGAUGUCGUCCCCAUUCAUAAGCCCGUGGCUUCCAGCAGCGGAAUGGUAUGCUCGAUUUUGAUGGCCGAGCCCAACGUGUUUCUGGCCGGGUUCGAUCACGAUGGCCGAGCGAGACGCGGUAACCGCCCGACUGGUACGGCCUUGUUGCGCGGAAAACUGCAGCUCGUCAUCACGAAAAACGUCAAGAUUCGAACCGUUCAGCUCAAGUUAGCAGGGAAGACGAGGACAGAAUGGCCUGAAGGCAUCCCCGCUCAGAUUGCAAGAGUGGGAGGAGGAUUCGCUGCGAACGCAGGUGCUCACUUUUUCGACGCCACCAACGAUGGCUGGGAGACGGAAUACGGAAACCAGUGCUCGUACUCGCUCAAGAACGAGUUGCCGGAUACCGCCAGCACGCACGUGUCCCUGCGAUCGAUUCCUCUAACCCUCGACUCGCCGCCGUUUUCUCGCCGCAGCGCCGCCAGCGCAAAGGAGCUCAAGAAGUUGAAACUGCGAUCUGUCCCUCGAGACCACCAAACUCCCUUUGGAUCCGUCAAAUGGGAGCUGCAGGCCAACGUGGAACGUCACGGCCCCUUUCGACCCAACUUGAGCGGUACCAAGGAAGUCUCGAUUGUACGAGUGCCAGAUCAACUAUCCCUCGAGACGACAGAGCCCAUCUCCAUCAGCCGGCAGUGGGACGACCAGCUCCACUACGACAUCGUUGUGUCUGGAAAGUCAUUUGCCAUUGGGUCCAAGGUGCCCAUUGCUUUCAAAUUCACGCCGCUAGCCAAGGUGCAAGUAUACAAAAUCCGCGUUUACCUUGCCGAGUCAAUCGAGUAUUGGACGAACAACCGCAUGGUGACGCGGCGCGAACCCGGGCGCAAGAUUCUUUUGCUCGAAAAAACGGCCGGGAAGCCGAUGGACACUAGUCUUGGUGCGGAGCUGAGAACGACGAGCGGCGGUGAAUUAUCGCCGCGAGAGCGCCGCUCCGCUCGCGAGGUGGCUGCGACGCGCAACUCGAUGCAGGCCGCUAGGAGAGGCUCUCCAUCUGCGCCGCUCCCCGAGCCAUCAAACAACCUCCUGGGUGAUCUUGAUCUUGGCUUGGAAAACUUUUGGGGACCAACCGAGAUUGAGGCCAAUGUCCAAAUCCCGACCUGCGAGAUGAUGAAGAAGGAUAACAAUUUAAUCCUCCACCCCGACUCAAGCUGGAAGAAUGUGUCGGUCGACCACUGGAUUAGGCAUCGACUCCCCAUCACCCUUCUCAACUGCCGCGCCACGCAGACAAACACCAAUCUCCCAGAGUAUAGCGGCCUCGAUCCAGCGUCAUCCUACGUCCAGCGCGCGUGUGGUUGCACCGACUCUGCGUCUCUGUCGCUGAGCGAGGAGCAUAUUCCUCGCUCCCCCAGGACCUCGUUGCCAGACCCGCGUAUGCGUACUGCAAGCGGCCGACCGCGACCUUAUUCGGCAAUCGAGCCGGUAGGCCACUCGCGGCCCAUUCACCUCAUUCGUGUACCGUCGUUUGGACCUCCAGAGUUUGACGCAGACGAGCCACCACCGCCAGCAGAUGAUGAUCGCCACCGCCAGAAUAGCAUCGACGCUAGCUCUAUCCUGACACCACCUCCCCGCUAUGACACAAUCAUCGGCACACCUAGUGUUGAUGGGCUUGCCGACUACUUUGCUCGCCUCGCCGCGCACGGGUUCACCAAUCCCGACACCCACGAAGAGAGCCCCGAGGAGGAAGAAGACGACGACUCGGAUAGUGAUGGUCUCACCUUGGCUGUAGUAGGCCCACAGCGGCUAACGGAGCGGACUGGACGAGUCAACGUCGUAAACCCUAGAACCCCUGGCGGAGGGAGAAUUCCCAGCAGAAGCCUGGAAAUCUCGAGGCCCGCCGUCGACUUCAUCCUUGCUGAGCCGCCACAGCGCAAGGUCAUCAUCGACUCUAGCACACCCGCAGCCGUUGCCUAA